UAUAUAAAUGAGUUUACAAAAACAAAUAUAUUGUUUAAAAGAACGAACAUACACCGAUAAUGUAAAUCCUCAAUAUGUUACAACAAAAAACGGAAGAUUAAUGAUAAAAGCCGCGUGUGCUUCAUGCGGUAAAUUGAAAUCUAAGUUUGUAAAACAAGGCGGUUAAUCAUGAGUAAAAAAAAUGUUUGUCCGGAACCAACUUUUAAAUAGUUGCAGCCUAUAAAUCAAUAUGUCGUUCCGUAUCACGUGUACAGUUUUCCGCUAAAGAUCAAUAGUGAAACGUCAUCCAGAACAUUCGCCUAGUGUGCAGCUCAAUAGAUGUUAAAUGCGUUGUUAUUAUUUCAUCAGCCAGGAAUACAGAGUGGUUAGACAGAAUGGCUGAACAAUUUGCGAUAGAGAUGUUUAAAUAUAUAAAAUCCCUGGAAGAUUUUCUUUCUCGUAAAACGGAGAACGGAGAAGUAAUUACGCACGAUGAAUGCAGUAAAAUGUGUACUUAUAAAAACACAAUUGAGUACAUUUCUAACAUUCAUAAUUUUAUGAAAGAUCAUGCUCAACAACAAGUUACAGAAGAUCAAAUGGCUUCGUUGAAUAAUAAACAAAAAGACUUAAUAAGAACAGAUGAGUUAGAAAAAAUUAACGAUUUGGGAUUGAAAUCGUUGCAGCAGGUUCCAGAUGUGCAACAAAACCUACGUCAACAAAGUAAUAAAACAAAAGCAAAAAAAACAUACAAUCAAGUGAAAAAUGAGGUACAAAAAUCAUAUUCAAAAGAUCGGAACUUGGCUGGAGAGGUUACGUUGGAGCUUGAAAACACCGACAGCUGUUUUAAAACUUUAAAAACACUAGACAGACAUACGCAGAGUGCUGGAAGAACAAAGUUGUUUUAUAAUAUUCAAAAAGGAGAGGUUUUAAAAAAAAUCAAGGAUUUUGAAAAAGGAGGUUUUUUAAACAAAAUAAUAGAAAAUGGCAUGCCAUACAAAAUUUCACACUGUAACUUUUUGAUUAAAUUGUACAAGUUUUCACUCAAUCAUUCUAAUAUAAUUCAUUGUUCAUUGUCAUUGCAUUUUCUACAAAAGCAUUGGAGUGUUAUUCCACGGAUAUUUGAUGAAUUGAAAUGGUAAUAAAUUAAUAUUGAAUAUCCGUGGAAUAAGAGUCGCAAAACGACGAGUGUCGGCAGAUUGAUUUUUCCAUUCGCUGUGUUGAAUAUUGGAAAACUUUUGUAGAGGCUCAAAACGACGAGUGUCGGCAGGCUGAUUUUACCAUUCGCUGUGUUGGAUAUUGGAAAACUUUUGUAGAUUCGCAAACCGACGGGUGCCGGCAGACUAUUUUUAAACAUUAGUGAAAUAGUUUAUUAUUGUUUGUUCAUUUUCUUUUUGAUUAUUGAUGUUUAAAUGUUUGUAUAAUAUAUCAUAUAAAGACACUUUUUGUUGUAAUAAAUGUAUGAAAUAUAAACAAUAAUAA